AUACAGUGAGCGUAUCCGCGUCGUUAAAGUCCACCUUUAAUUUCAUGCAGUUUAGGAGUUUAUGACUAAAAGCAGACGUUGCAAGCAGCAUAUUAAAAUAAGAAGUGUUUUUUCUCCCGCUCUAUGGAUUUGUUGCCGCUUCUGUCAUGGGCCUGCAUCGUGUUCACAGUCGGGAUGUUCUCGACUGGGCUCACCGACCUGAAGAAGAUGCGAGAAUCCAAAAGUGCAGACAAUAUCCAGUUUCUUCCUUUCCUCACUACGUGCCUCAAUAACCUUGGUUGGUUGUAUUAUGGGAUUCUGAAGAAAGACCAAACGAUCAUCCUGGUCAACAUCAUUGGAGCGUUUCUCCAGAUCCUCUACAUCAUCAUGUACUUCCGCUACACGAAACAGAAGAGAUUAGUGUCCUCCCAGACCCUUACAGCAGUGAUUGUGCUGACCUGCGGCUGGCUCUACUUCGCCAUGUUUCUUACUGAUAGAGACAUUCAGCUCAACCAGCUGGGUCUCACCUGCAGCGUGGUCACUGUCAGCAUGUACCUGUCGCCGCUCACCGACUUGGUGGAGAUCGUGCGUAGUGGUAACGUGCAGUGCUUGUCCUUUCCUCUGACUGUAGCCACCUUCUUCACUUCAACCUCCUGGGUCUUCUACGGCCUUCAGCUGAACGAUUACUAUAUUGUGGUUCCAAACACACCUGGUAUCUUAACCAGCCUCAUCAGACUUUACCUAUUUUGGAAAUUUGCGUCAGUCAGUCAAAGCUCACCUUCCUAUAAACCCGUGCAGAUAUGAGGGUGACAGUUGAGCUGGAUACCGAAAGGAUGAAAAACCUGUUGGCGUCAUGGAUGGCUGGCAACAAAGCUUUAGAGUUACAUGUUGGAGUGAACUCAUUGAGUGAGCCAACGUAUAAGUGUCUUGUUUACUUUUUGGGAGAAGAAUACAGAGGAGGGCAGUUACUCUAGAGACUAAAUUUUAUGAUGUCUUAAAUACAGUUCAACUGUUACUGUUCUGCAGCUAUUUGUUACAUGUGUCCACAUGUCUCUGUGUCUCUAAGUGCCUUUUUUUUUAGGCAAUCUUUGCCAUUAAAGUACCAGAUUUAUACAGUGGAUACAAAGUUUUAGAGAAUAUAUAUGGUACAGUGGUACAGUGGUUAGCACCAUUGCCUCACAGUGAGGAGGUCCUGGGUUUGAAUCCACUGGCCAGCUGGGCCCCUCUGUGUGGAGUUUGCAUGUUCUUCCUGUAUCUGCGCAGGUUCUCUGCAGGUACUCUGGCUUGCUUCCUCUCACAGUCCAAAAAUACACACACAUUAGUUUGACUGGUUAUUCUAAAUUGGCCAUAGGUGUGAAUGUGAGCGUGAAUGGUUGUUUGUCUCUCUGUGUUUAGUGGGAUUUAUACCUCUGCUUUAAAUCUACCCCGUUUGUGUGUCAUAACCACAAACUCUUCUGAAACCCUAUAUCAUAACAUGUGCCAUAACUGACACGCACCUCCCCAGAAAUGUAACUACGUUCAGUUGACGCAGCCUGCAACAACUGUGAUCUGCCGCCAUUGAUUGAAACAACUUGAAGAGAUUGGAUGCAGACCAAGGCCAGCGCACUACGCAGAAGUAUAAAUGCUGAUAACAGCGUUUGCCAGUUGCUUUGGCUACGUUGCAGGCUCUGCAAAGAUUCAAUGCAGAAGUAUAAAUUAAGCUUUAACCCUGACAUAGACUGGCGAUCUCUCCAGGGUGUACCCCACCUCUCACUGAUGACAACUGGGAUAAACUCCAGCCCCCCCCUGCAAGUCUGAAUGCAUAAGUGGUUAAUAACAUGGAUAUAUAACAGCAUAUGCAGUUUGUUAUAAUUAUAUAUUGAAAAAGAAAAAUAUUGUAUAGAAAGACGUUUGUGUCCACUUUC